AUGCUCAAGAUUGAGAGACAUAUGGCAGAUAGAGGAUUGAAAGAGGGUCAGACAAAGGAGAGAAACGGGGAGCUGGAGCAAGAUUUACAAAAAUCCCAACGUAUUUUUCAGCAGUUUUCUGCUGAUCAGGAAACUGUGCUCAGAGCAGUAGCCAGUGAAGUCGAUGUAUUGGUCAGUCAUUUGGCUCAUGACAUCCAUUCAGGCUACCCAGCAAUGUGUUUAAGCAUCGGAACCGAAAAUGAUUUGCGAAAGUGGGUCACAGAUAUGAUCAGUAAGCUUAAGUGGCUACAGCAGGAGAUCAAGCUACGACUAGAGAGAGAUGCAGUUCUGAGACAACAAGUGACAAGAGGCCAUCAGCAUGCAGAGGAGCUGAUACAAGCGUCUGAAGAAGAUCGUCGCUACUUUUUGUCUGAAUUGUCAAAACACAGAGAAAUGCUGACAACAUUGGCUCAGGACAGGCAAGUAUUGGGAGCAUUUGGAACUGAUCAAAAUUUGGCCGCUCGAAAGACCCUUCAACAAUUACAAGAACAAGCAGCUCAGCUAACCGAUCGACUGGAAAAAGGAGCACGUGCAUUACAUGCAAGCUCUGCUGCACUAAGGGAGAAGCAGCGUCUCAUGGAGGAUCUAGAAGCAAAGCAAGAAUCCAGAAGGGCACGGCAAACAAUCACAGACCAGUAUGACAGGCUCAGGAAGCAACUUAGCAAUUUUCAAACAUAACACAGGACAUGCUCUAUUUCUGCUGCACCUUCUAUGAAGACUCUAGGAAUAUAAUAUAAAAUAUUUUAGUUAGCAAAUAACUUGGUUUAAUUAAGGGGCAAUGAGUCUCUACUAUCAGACGGCGCAAUAUAUGUCUUUAUAACGUCAUUUACAUAGUAGAAAUUUUAUUGUGUUAAUUACAUGUAAUUCUAAGUUUAAUUUUCCUAAUACUAAAAUAAUAUAUGCGACAUUCAUCAAAUUUGAAUGCUGUGUCCUUUUUGUUCAUUUUUAUGUCUGUCAAU